CCCUUCUCUCUCUCCCUCUCUCUCUCUGUGUGUGUGUGUGUGUGUGUGUCUGUACUUUUGUUUCUGAAACCUCUCACAGUGGAAGAUGGCUGCGCCUGGAAGCUCAGCCUGGAAGUGUCUGUUGGCAGUUGUACAGUUAUGCCUAAUGAUAUCUUACACAUCGCAGGAAGGCUUUCCACCAGUGAGCGAUAUACGGUCAUGGGCAGAUAAGAUGAAGGAGGAGCUUGUAACGUUGAUCCACUCGGCAAGUGGAAUGGAUGAUCUAAAAUCGAUUUACGCAGCUAAUAGACAAUACUACACGAUUGAGAUGAACAAUGCUCGUCAUUUGGUGGAAAGCGCAGCGCGCGAGAUCGAGAAACUGCUGAGCAACAAAGUGAAAGCUCUGAAGAGACUCGCAUCAGCUGCAGAGGAGUUUCAGCAAGCUCAUGCUUGGAAAGAAGAAUUUGGGGACAAUGAUGUCAUAUACUACAAUGCAAAAGAUGAAUAUAUGAAUAUUUUAAAGCGACAAUUUGGAUUCAAGAAGUAUCAGACUGAGAGAAAUGAGAGUCGUCCGAGGAUCAAACCUGAUUUCCAGCCCAAUCGCGCUUUCCGACGUCUUGUGGACUUCAAUCACACAGCCGUCCACAUCCCCACUGAUAUUUACGAGGGCUCAACCAUUGUUCUGAAUGAGCUGAAUUGGACUGCAGCGCUGGACAAUGUCUUCAAGAAAAACAAAGAGGAAGACCCCACAUUAUUAUGGCAGGUUUUUGGGAGUGCAACUGGCUUGGCGAGGUAUUAUCCAGCCUCUCCAUGGGUGGAUCUGACAAAAACUUCCAACAGGAUUGACUUGUAUGAUGUUCGGAGGAGACCAUGGUACAUUCAAGGAGCUGCAUCACCUAAGGACAUGCUUAUCCUUGUGGAUGUGAGUGGAAGUGUCAGUGGACUAACGCUGAAACUCAUUCGGACUUCAGUCUCUGAGAUGUUGGAAACGCUUUCUGACGAUGACUAUGUGAACGUGGUUUCUUUCAGUGAUCAAGUAAAGUCUGUCAGCUGCUUCAAAGACCUUGUGCAAGCCAACGUUCGAAAUAAGAAGGUACUCAAAGAUGCAGUUAACCGAAUACAAGCAAAAGGGAUCACAGACUACAAAAAGGGCUUUGAGUUUGCUUUUGAACAGCUGAAAAAUCUCAGCGAAUCCAGAGCAAACUGCAAUAAGAUCAUCAUGCUAUUCACAGAUGGUGGAGAGGAAAGAGCCCAGGAAAUAUUUGCAAAGGACAACAAGGACAAAAAGAUACGAGUAUUCACGUUUUCAGUUGGUCAACACAACUAUGAUAAAGGACCAAUACAGUGGAUGGCCUGCGCCAAUAAAGGCUACUAUUUUGAAAUUCCCUCUAUUGGAGCAAUACGUAUUAACACACAGGAAUAUCUGGAUGUACUGGGGAGACCGAUGGUUUUAGCUGGUGUAAAGGCAAAACAAGUUCAGUGGACAAACGUGUACCUAGAUGCACUGGAACUCGGUCUUGUUAUAACAGGGACCCUGCCCGUCUUCAACCUGACCAAAGAUGCCAGUGGGAACCAGAAUCAACUGAUCCUUGGAGUGAUGGGGAUUGAUGUGUCACUUGAGGAUGUAAAGAGACUCACACCUCGCUAUACUCUUGGGCCUAAUGGAUAUUACUUUGCAAUAGAUCCUAAUGGUUAUGUAUUGCUUCACCCAAAUCUUCAGCCAAAGUCAAUUGGUGUAGGGAUCCCAAAGGUUUAUUUAAGAGAGAGGCACCCUAAUGCACAGAAUCCUAAAUCUCAGGAGCCGGUCACGUUAGAUUUCCUGGAUGCUGAACUGGAGAAUGAAAUUAAAGUGGAGAUUCGACAUAGCAUGAUAGAAGGCGAGAAUGGAGAGAAAACCGUUCACACUUUAAUUAAGUCCUACGAUGAGAGGUACAUCGAUAAAGGAAUUCGGACAUAUACAUGGACUCCAGUCAACGGCACAGAUUACAGCUUGGCAUCGGUUCUGCCACCCUCCAGUACUUACUACAUCAAAGCCAAGCUAGAAGAAGCCAUUACCCAGGCAAAACACUUAGAAUCAAUAAUGCCUGAUAACUUCGACACUUCAGGAUAUGUGUAUGUCGCACCAAGGGAAUACUGCAAUGGACUGACUCCAUCAAACAAUAAUACAGCAUUCCUGGAGAGCUUCAUUCAUCUCAUCGAUCGGCAAACCCCCAAUUCACCAAACUGUAAAACUGAUCUGAUCAACAAUCUGCUGCUCGAUGCAGGAUUUACAAGCGAACUUGUUACCAAAUAUUGGUCCAAACAAAAGCCGGACGGAGUUCUCGCCAGAUUUGUAGCCACUGAUGGAGGAAUCACACGAAUCUAUCCCAAACGUGCUGGAGAAGAAUGGACGGCAAAUCCAGAGACGUAUGAAGCAAGCUACUACAAAAGAAGCCUAAACAACAACUUUUACAUUUUCACAGCACCGUAUAUCAACAAAACCUGGGACGGAAUACAGAGCAGUGCGGAAUCUGGCAUCAUGGCCAGCAGAGCUGUUGAAAUCAAGGUUGAUCGGAAAACUCUAAUGCCUGCAGUCCUUGGAGUGAAGAUAGAUGUCAAUGCCUGGAUGGAAAACUUCACGAGGAUCGCAAGUAACAGCAAGUGCUUUGCUGAGAUCUGUGACUGCACAAAGAAUAGUAAGCAUUUGGACUGUGUUAUAUUGGAUGAUGGAGGAUUCCUGUUGAUAUCAAAUCAGGAUGAAUAUAUUGGAAAGAUUGGCAAGUUCUUUGGCGAGAUCGACCCCAGUCUGAUGAGACGCCUUCUGAAUGCAUCUUUAUACUCCUUCAGUAAAUCCUAUGAUUACCAAUCGGUGUGUGAUCCAGAGUCUGAGACCAAAGCGGGGGCUGGACUUCGCUCUGUCUAUGUUCCCAGCAUAGCCGAUAUUUUGAAUAUAGGUUGGUGGGCAUCCACUGCAGCAUGGGCUCUAGUGCAGCAGGCAUUUAUCAGCCUUACCCUCCCACAAAUUCUUGAUGCAGCCGAUACAGACUCAGAUGAUUUCUCUGAACCUUUUGCGAAGUCCAGCUGUAUCACGGAGCAGACUCAGUAUUAUUUUUAUAAUGAUACUGACUCCUUCUCUGGGCUCGUGGACUGUGGCAACUGUUCAAGGCUUUUCCACGCGCAAAAGCUCUCCGACACUAACUUGGUGUUCAUAUUAGUGGAGAGCAAGCCCACUUGUCAGUCCUGUGACUCAAAGUCUCUUCUGCAAGCAGAACAGAAAUCUGAUGGACCUGAUCCUUGUAUUUUAGCUCAGCAACCUAGAUACAGGAAAGGUCCUGAAGUGUGCUUUGAUUCUGACGAAAACGAGGAUGAUUCUGAAUGUGGCGGUAGUUCUGGGCUGAGCUCCUCCUUAUGGUCAAUGAUAGGCAUCCAGCUUGUGCUGCUCUGGCUGUUCAGUAGUACCAGAUCUUAUCCAUCAUGACCACUGAGAACUGACAUCCAACUCCGCCUUCUGGACCCACCACACUACACUCCUGAAUUAAACCAGGGGUAACAUUUUUCUUUCCCAGGCAGUAGAAGACUGGCCAUGACCAUAUUCUACGGCAUCACUGUGUGAACGAUUCAUCUUUGACUCUCCACAUGAAGAACGGAUAAGGUGCUCCAUUGAAGAGUAAAAAAACAAUUUUUUUUGAAGGAAAAAAUUUCGUACACAUUGGUAGCAAAUUGGAUUGUUGUGCUGAAAGCUGCCAGGCAACCUAUGGGAAUGCUAAUGCAUUAAGCAAAAUCAAAUGUUUUUUUUAAAAAAGUGGGGGGAAAAAAAGCCUAGAUUUGUUGAAUAUUAUCAGGUUUCAAACCUUUUACUUAUUUAGCGAGUUAAGAUGAAGAAGGGCUGUCUUUGUUCACGAUUUACAUUGACUGGCAUUAAUUUGAACAUUUAGUUAUGCCGAGCGGGCAGUAUGCAGGCACUUCCGACGAUCUCACUGGUGUAAGACAUCGAGGUUCGAGCUGUAUUCUAUUGGAUUCCAACAGGAAAUAACGCAUUUUGGGGGGGGGUUCGAAACCCUCCUUAUUUUCAUCAAGUAGUCUAUUAUUUUGAGGCCUAGGCUAUGCCAUUAGUUAUUCUGUUACCAAAGGAUGCCUGUUCCCCUCUUCAUCCCCAUCAAGCCAUAGCUCUGCACUUGAUGUCCUUCAUGUUUUAAGAGGCGAGUACACCGCGAUUGUUCUGCUCCCACACAGACAAAAAACAAAACAAAUGCUAAAGCUUGUGAAUGAAAAAAAAGCUGUCACUGUGGCGAUUUUGGUUUUCUGAGGCUAUUUUGCAUGACGAUGACGCUACUAAUUUUCUGUUUUAAUGUAGGAGUAUAGUAAAUGUGCAGGGCGACCGAGUGAACCAAAUGUUGUUUGUGCGGAACCUAGAUAAUACGAUGUAAAAUAACUGUUUCACUAUCGAAUCUAAAUAUUGUCAGACACAUCUCUUUGAAAACAAAACACAGUAAAAACAGACUGAAAGAACAGCUAUCGGACACACAUGUCCUCUGUGUAUUACAGGAUUACAUUUUCGAAUGGAUGGAAUGGGGAAGCAGAGCUCCAAUACUAGCAGGGUAGCACAGUGCGAUUCAGCGCAAUGUCUGUAAUAUGUGAAAAAAAAUGAAGGUAAAGGGAAAUUCGCAAAAUACUUUUAAGUGCAAUAUCGCAUAUUGGAUGUUUGGCGAGUGGUUGAUGAUAAGGAAUAUAAUGAAAGGUGUUUUUUUAUAUACAAAAAGGAGGAACAUCUGGAAUAAGAGUGAUAGUCAAAGUUGAAUCCAUUUUUAAUGGGUUCGAAAGGACAUUAUUUAACAUGAGGCUGGGCAUUCAAUUAAGUUCAACGUGUGCAAUUUGGGAUUUUACGUCACAGUUAAGCUGCAAUUUUGUUUACGAAUAAAUUGUGAAGUGACAUUGUAAAUCCAAGGCAUUAUGUAACAAACUGCAAAGUGAUGUGCACUAUUGUUGAAUAAUGUAUUUUGGGAAUGCGUAAAUGUCUGGUCAAGCCUUGAGUAUCUUGUUUGUGACAUUCAUCAAUAGUGCACAGUCUUUCAUUUCAGUUUUGCUGUGAAAAUUAGUCUGUGAUCUUGAUGGUAAAUGGAUGUAAAUCAAAAGUAUUUGGGGAGAAAAAGAAACAAUUUCUCUUAACAUAUUUCAGGAGAGGGAGAGAGAGAAGAGAAAAAAAAUCUUGCCUUGAAAAAAUUAAAAUAACUUGUUUAACAAAUUUAAACUGCAACAGUGAAAAAAUAAACAAAGAUAACAGCAACUUUCUGGCUGUUGUGCUCAACUAUUUUCAUUUAAAGACUGAACUGCACUAUGAUGAGUUUGCAAAAACACUUCAGUAUUUUAAAAAGCAAAUAUUUUCAAGUGACCAGAGGUGAAUGUGUGUGGAAACAGUAUUCAAAAUGUUUAGGGUGAGGUGACAGUCGUGUGGCUGAAACUUUUCCUUGCGUUGGAUUUUCAGUAGAUAUAUCAGCCAUAGUUACGAGCUCAACACGUUCCACAAUGUGGUCUCCUUUGACCUGCCCAACUCAGUUCCAGUAGCGCAACAUUUCAAUUGUCAUAUGUCAUUGGCAGUGUGUCCGAGUCCCAGUCAAAAAGAAAGGUUUUGAUAACUACACUGUGCACUGUUGAAUAAUGUUCAGCGAACAUGUGCAACACUCAGUUCUACUUGUAAUCCAACAGCAACUCCAUCUUGGCGUUGUUCCAUUCUGCUUCGGUGGAACGAGUGGUCGUGUAGCCGUUUAAGAACCAUUCAGAUACCAAUAUACAUGCCAGUGACAAACAGCAAUCCAGCCCAAUACGUGUAAUAACAUGAAUCUCCAUGGGACUGCACAUAAUAUUCCUUUAAUUGUGGCCUCAACUAUGCACCCCACUGAGAGAAACCUUGUGGAACAGCAGCUCUUGAAUCUUGAAUGUCCAGGCAGUAUUACUUCUCGUUAGCUGGAGCCUUUAGUUAGAGUGUGACAUUGUAGGAUAUCAGUUUCCAGGCACAGUACCAGUAUAGCCCAAAUGUGUUAAAAUAAAAAUGAAAUCUCCCCCAGUUUUUAAUAACUUCAAAUGGCCUCUCACCACCAUACUGCAGAAAGGAUUAGUCGGCAAGUCACUCAAGCUGGCAAUCCUCACGUGCUUUGCUUCACUCAAACACUGAUUCUCUCUGUGACCCCAGUGGAGAAGCGUCUUGCUUCCACUUGGUACCCGACCCUUUCCUCCUCCUUAUGAAAGGGUUAAUACUAAUGUCACCUCACAAACUGUGCACGCCUGUUUAUAUGUUGUCAAAGCAUGGUUGGCUCUUAUAUUUUGGAGAGGUGGUUGCAGGCAGGAUCUGCAAAUAGGUGAAAGUGCCUGUGUGAAAAUCUACACUAUGGCUCGUGAUACAAAUUGUUAUGCAAACCACGCAGCCUACAGCUGUAAGCUUCUGUAACAUUUUUUAAGGCUAAAGUCAACAUUUUUAUCAAUGGCGAAAUGCAGUGGAAUAAUGACAUUGUGCCCUGUCGAUUAAACUUUAUGUCACUGUGGCAUUUUGUUUGCUUAAAUUCCUGAAAACACACCCAAAAUAUUUUUCUGUUGUUUGGCACGAAUAUCGUUCACGCCACCGUAUCAUUUUAGGUCCGUGGUCUUGUAUUUUCUGCUUUAAAACCAUGCAGAAACUUCAUACAAAAUUGGAUUCCUACCCAUUUUCAGCAGCUUGCAGUGUGUUCCCUCAAUGAUGUCACCCUGAACACAAGCAGUUUGAAGGUACCCUAAACAAAGAAUUAAACCAAAAUUAUUUUCAAAACUUCAAGAAGCAAACUGGUUACUUUUUUUUAAUCAAAGCAUUUUGAUGUCGCCUUGUUCUAAGCAUUUCACUUCCCGUAAUUUUUUGGGUCUGUUCUUUGCCAAAUUAAAAUGGGAACGAAAAUUGCAUCCGUGUAGAAGAAGCAAAAUAUGGUCCUGAGUGAUUUUCAAAGGGAGUGAUGCACCUUAGGUUAAGGUCUCAUUCAUCUUUCACAGGAAGUAGUUUGUUUAUUUAUAUAUAUAUAUAUUGUUUAUUUCCCUUCAAAAAAGAACCCAGAUUUGCUAAAAACAAUACAGAAUUCAACCUUCAAUUCACCUCCAUCCAUGUCAAUUGGGAAGAGUUCUUCCACUUGUUGUCUAAGACUAUUAAUGAUGGACCAUAGGAUAAAAUAUUAGAUUGUGAACAGGUUUAAGAAGAGAUUCCAAGAGAGUUUCGAUUUUCGUUUUAUCUUAUUGCUGACUGGAAAUUAGUUUGAAGAAGGAUUGAGAAACAUUUUGCUUCUUGUAGCUGUGGUUCUGCAAAGUUCAAUCGAGUCUGAAUCAAUAUGCCUGUCUCAGAACGAAUAUAGGGGAUUCCUGGACACCUCUGUGCUCACUGGUCCAAUUUGAAGAUUGUGUGAGUUGCUCCAGACAUUGUGUCAUCAGUCUUUGGAGACAAACUGGUCACUUAGUUCAAAUGUCAGAUGGAAUUGAUAUGUUUUGGGUGCAGCGAUUCCUCGGUGGCUGCUUUUAAGUUGUAGGAACAAGAAUGAAAGAAUCUUCCCGUCCACAGAAGGUGUCAUUUUUAUAAUUGGUUGAAUCCUGAAUGAGUUAGCCUCAUCAAUCUGUUUAUGGUAUAGUGGACACUUUUAAGCCAUGUUUCUUGGAACACAGUCAACCAAUCAACAUGAUUAAUAGCUUGCUCAUGAUUCAAUAUCCUGCUGUAUCCUCUAGACAGGUCAGUGGACAUUUGUAUAAAGCAGAUUAUGGAUCAGUUUGAUCCCAGGGCCCCUUCCACCCCAACACCUCCCCCACCCCGCAAUACCUGUAGUAGACAGAUAGUCAGGUAAUCUGCCUUUUCCACACUUAAAGCAAUACCUAAUGCAGUUAUUUAAUUAACAGUGAAGACAGAUGACAAGGAAACAUGAGAUUAGUGAUGCAAAGGAGAGACUAAUCCUACAGUGCAUUGAUGUCAGGCAUAUGGAGUUUUGAUUCAUUUUUCAUGUUCCUGACAAUGAAUAAUUAAAUCAGGAAGUACUUCCUUUUUAUCUCCAUCUACACACAUACACACAUUUCACUCAUGCAAAGAGGUCUUUGGAGACCAUUAAUAUUAAUCCUCAGUUGAACCCCAACCUUUAAAUGAAAUUGAAACUGAAACAACCUUAACUCUUCUCUCCAUCUUUUAGACAAUAACACUGACAGGUUGAUAGAUUCAAACUCGGAUCUCCAAGGUGGAAAGCUGACAAUUUAUCCUUAAAAAUUGUUUUUUGUUUUGUCCUCAAGCGAUAUGCAGAACAAUGUACUCCUUGGAUAUAACUAUCAAAAGAUCAGCCACAGGAUUUAUAGUAAACAGUAUUAAGAAGGCAGGACAACAUGAGUCGGGAAAAAAAAUACAUGGACAAUGUUCAUUUGAAUACUUGCUCAAAAAGCAACACGUAUGAUGAAUUGAAAAUGUCAGUCAUUGCACCAUUGCUGUUGCUGCCAAAUGUAAAUGGGCUGUUGGUGUUUUUAACACAUUUUUGGCAAAAGCGGCUUUAGUUAUUGAGCUCAGAGAUCUCUAUUGCUUGUACACUUUAGUGUCGAUUUUUUUUUAAAAAAAGCUUAAGCUGGUAGAUGAAUUGGUGAAAAGCAAUGCUGCCACUUGUGUGUAUUUAUAUGAAGUUUCUAAAGCUUUUUUUUUCAGAAUUGUCUAGCCCUGUAGCCUUACUGGGUUGCAAGUUGCAAAGCUGAUUUACAGUGUGAAUGAAGGCAAUCUUGCUGUCAUUGACCAUAGUACAGAGUGUCUGGAUCCUGCUUUAAUGGAUUGUUUUAUUUAUGGUCGCAGAUGGUUCAGUGUGUACUCUUGCAGCAGAUCCUCCCUGCACUACGCAGCAAGAGGGUCUCUCCCUUUUACUUGUGCUUUCUGAACGUUUUGUGGAACUUGAAAAGCCUGAAAGAAAUUUUGUAUAAAUUUGUACAAUACUGUUCAAAAAAAGUUUAUAAUCUUAGAUAUGUUGUGUUACUUUAUUCUUGUGCAAAUAUAUUCAGAAUAAAAGUUUAUCAGUUAAUUCAUUAAAA